AGAACGCUUUAAUGUUUUUAAUCGGAUGAACUCAUAAUUUCAAAAAGUCCGCAUUAAAGCUACUAUUAUACACAACACAAUACAAAACGCACACCACGGAUACUGUGGAAUUAAAAUAUGAGGACCCCGCCCUCUUACUCACGAAGCCCCAGUGGCCUAAUGGAUAAGGCACUGGCCUCCUAAGCCAGGGAUUGUGGGUUCGAGUCCCAUCUGGGGUGGUUCAAAUUUUCGUUGUCGAAAAGCCACCAGACAGUAAAAUUGACUAGUUGUUCAUCGGCAUGAGAAGUCGCUUCACAUUUUUGGAAAAUGUGUGUGUAAGUAGAUGAGAGGCGGACAGAAGGUAGGAUACUAUCCGCUGACAUGGACCAGCGGAGAAUGGCACUCUGCGUACUGCUGAGCACUUUAGCUGUAACAGCGAAAUCCGCGACCGCUAAGGUGCAAACUUACCAUCUCCAAGAGGCCACCGUGCACUGGGAUGCUGCCCAGAAAAGUGUGAUCCUGAAGGAGGGGUUGAUGGAGACAGAGGGGGGAGCCUACGGGUACUUCAAUGACACUCUGCUCCUCUCAGGAUGGGGCAUCCUGGAGAUCAGUGCUGGACAUGGAGGAAUCUCUCAGGAAGAUGAGACCACCUUCUUCCUGGCUGGCUACCUGGAAGGUUACCUCACUGCUGGACAGAUGUUCAGUCAUUACUCCAACAUGUACCCUCAGCUUAUCAAGGAUGAAAAGGUCCUGAAUCCCUUGAAAAGUUUUUUGAGCAAACAAGACCAGUGGGCCAGAGAGCAGGUGAAGCUUAGGAGAAACAGCGAGCCCUUGUGGAAGCAUCUGGGACUGAUCCUGGCUCAGCUGGAUGGACUCCAUGCAGGAGCCGCACAGUGGGCCAAAAGCAAACACAGAGAGCCUCUAUCAGCGUUCACGGUCCAGUUCCUAAAUGGUGUUGGUGACCUCUUGGAUCUUGUCCCAGCUCUGACACCUCGCUCCAACUCCUCCGCGGGGUCCGGCUCGUUCAGGAUGCCUGGGAUGGGCCACUGCACAGCUCUCAUAAAGGUUCUGCCAGGCUUUGAGAACCUGCUAGUUGGCCACUCCAGCUGGUAUACUUAUGCAGCCACCAUGCGUAUCUAUAAACACUGGGACUUCAAGGUGUCCGACACGCGCGUCGCCACUGGAAGGAUGUCGUUCAGCAGCUACCCCGGCUUCCUGAUGUCUCUGGAUGACUUCUACCUACUCGGGAGCGGCCUGGUGAUGACUCAGACCUCCAUCGGCGUCUUCAACACCUCUCUGUUCUCUCAGCUCAGCCCUCACAGCCUGCUGGCCUGGCAGAGGGUCCGACUGGCUAACAGUCUGGCACGCAGCGGAGAGGAGUGGGCACAGGUUUUCUCCAAAUACAACUCAGGCACAUAUAACAGCCAGUACAUGGUGGUGGACCUGAGCAGGAUUUCUCUAAGUAAAAGCAUCAUGAAUGGAGCUCUGACUGUUGUAGAGCAGAUUCCCGAGAAAGUCAUGCACUCCGAUCAGACUCAAGCAUUACGCAGAGGUUAUUGGCCGUCAUACAAUAUACCAUUUCAUGCUGAAAUCUACAACCUGAGUGGCUACAGUGUGAUGUGGAAGAGAUACGGAGAGGACUUCUCCUAUGAUCUCUGUCCCCGAGCUAAAAUCCUCCGCAGGGACCAGGCCAAGGUGUCUGACCUCAGCUCCCUCAAACGCAUGAUGAGAUACAACAACUACAAGAAAGAUCCUUACUCAAAGGGUCACCCCUGUAAAACCAUCUGCUGCCGUAACGACCUGAGACCAAGGAGGCCACGACCUGGGGGCUGCUAUGAUACUAAGGUGACAGACUACCAGAUGGCUCUCCAGCUGGUCGCCGAGGCAAUAAAUGGCCCCACAACGCAGGGGGGUCUGCGUCCAUUCUCAUGGCAGUCCUUUAACUUUACAAUUCAUCAGGGACUCCCCCACACCUACAGCUUUCCCUUUGUCACCAUGAGGCCCAUGCUGUGCAAGCCCUAAGAACACAGAGAUGGAAGUUGCCAUGCAUCCACGUGGAACCGUGUUCUUGUUCAAAUCCACAAAUCCAGCAUCACAAGACUUCGUGAUGGUGCCGCUGAACAGAGAGUAAAAAAAUUGACAAUAUCGCCAACACCGAUGUUUUAUCAUUAAUUAAUUUAUUAAUCUAUUAAAACAUCAACCUAAAUAUGAUAGCUAAAUCGAGUGUAGUAGAUACUAGAUAGAGAUGCAGUUAGCGUUGAGUUUAUUUCUCAGCAUUUAUCCAUUAGUGACAGCGUUAUCACCAUGCACUCUGACCUGACAUGAGGACUGUGGACUUGUUUGCAGUAAUUUAACACACUGUGUUAAGGUUCCCACAAAGGUUUGGAUUUAAACCACCAGGAAAAUCCUAUUCACUUUGUAUUUAUUAUAUUUACAGUAUUUUUGUUAUUGAUUUAAACUAUGCAAUAUUUACUCAGGUUUACACAGUGUGGAAGAAAAUUAA